AUGCCGAAUAGAUCGUUUGGAGUUUUCCCGUCAGUUAUAUAUGAGACAAGGUUAGGAUUAUCUCACCAAAUGCGUCGCCCAAUUGGCCAACCUCUCAGUAAGCUGUCCCAAGUCUCACAGCCAAACCAGAUUCUUCAACGAAAUUAUCAAUACAAAUUUCCAAGAAUACCCAGACCCAAACGGAAUGUUCUCUAUUACACUUUCAAACGGCCGCAGUUAUCAAGCGCCACCAUUUUACGUACGGUGCCUUCGAAAAUUCGGAAUUUUUCUUCUCGUGCAAAAUCCAAAGUGAAGUCGAGUGGUCGAAGAAGAAAGUUUAUGUCAAGAUGGCUGGCACUUUCUUCAAUAUCAGUAGUUUUGUACGGGGUAGUGAACAAAAUCAAGCACAAAGGUAUACAACGAAACUCUAGCUUAGAGCCCGAUGAAAACCAUUCCGUGAAACCCAACUCAUGGACACUUUACGCUUAUAGCACUCUUCCUUUGAAAGCGAUCAGCAGAGUCUGGGGCCAGUUCAACUCAUUCGAAUUGCCCAUAUGGCUCCGGUCACCAAGUUAUAAGUUUUAUGCAUACGUUUUUGGAGUAAAUCUAGACGAAGUGGCUGAGCCUGAUUUAUCCAAAUUUCGCAACCUUGGAGAAUUUUUUUAUAGGACUAUCAAGCCAGAAACUCGUCCCAUAGAUAUAGAUGCUGAAAUGGUUUCGCCGUGUGAUGGGAAAGUGCUGAAAUUUGGAAUUAUUGAGAACGGCGAAAUCGAGCAGGUCAAGGGAAUGACUUAUUCUAUUAAUGCGCUUUUAGGUCAACAGAAACUGGCAGCUCCUGUUCAUCGUAUUAAUUAUCAAUUAGAUGACGACGAUGUGGUACGAAGACACGAAGAAUUUGCUCGCUUAAACGGGAUUAGUUACACCAUCGAUGACAUUAUUGGAGGAAGGGGAGAAAAUAUACACCACUCGUAUAUGAAUCAAGGUGACCAAUCGCUGAGAAAAUCAUCCGCUUCGCAGGUUUACGAAGUAUCGAAUGAUAUUGCGAAGAAAUCAUCCUUUGAUAAACAACUUUAUUUUGCUGUUAUUUAUCUUGCACCAGGAGAUUACCACCGAUUUCAUUCACCCUCAAAUUGGGUUACCACUUUGCGUCGUCACUUUGUGGGGGAAUUAUUCUCCGUAGCCCCUUUUUUCCAAAAAACUUUGCAAAACUUAUUCAUUUUGAAUGAAAGAGUAGCUUUGCUAGGUUAUUGGAAACAUGGCUUUUUCAGCAUGAUACCAGUUGGGGCUACGAAUGUCGGAAGCAUCAAGAUUAAUUUUGAUAAAGAUUUGGUUACUAACAGUAUUUACGAAAGUGAUUCGUAUGCUCAAACAAGUUUCCCUUCUUCAGAUACUUCAUCUUGUCGAGAGGAAGAUGAAAGCACACCAUUGAUAAAGCGCAGUAGCUCUCGCACCAAGAAAGUAAUUAAAAAUAGUUGCUAUGAGGCAACAUAUGCCAAUGCCAGUAAAAUAUUACGUGGCCAGCCUCUUUCAAAGGGCCAAGAAAUUGGCGGUUUCAAGCUAGGGUCCACAGUUGUGCUAGUAUUCGAGGCCCCAAAAACAUUUCACUUUACACUUGCAGAAAAUAUGAAGUUAAAGAUGGGACAAAGAAUUGGAGAGCUUAGAUAA